AUGAAGAGUUUCAUAUUCGUCACUUCUCUUUGGAUGAUAUCACUGAUCGCUAGCACUGGUGGCUCAUUAGCGACUGGACCUAGUUCUGCUUCACGCGGUAAAGGUGUCAUGGACACGGAGAAGAACACGGUAGAAUGGGAGUCGGAGGAGCGAUACUACAUGCGUGAUGCAAAAGCCCUCGCUGCAUGGGAUCUAGGAGUGACGGCGGAGCUUCUUGCUAGAAGUGGAAAAGGGGCAAAAGCGCUGCACAAGAUCGAUACAGGUGGCGUGUCGGGUUUAUUUCAAUUUUUCACCAAAGGGACCGGAUCUUUGAUGCUGUCCUCCGGAAAGCAUGAUAUCGUUUACACCUUAGAGCAUCUCCAGUGGUCCGGGGGGCAACUUGCCUUCGUUCCGCAGGCCGCAACCUCAUUUCACAGAGGUUGCGGGUCACUUCCAGUUAUGGACUGGCAGUUCACCCACCAGUAGAUAUCCCACUCAUCUCAUCCCCACUCCG